AUGUCUCUUAGUAUCCCAAAUGCGCCAAACUCUGGUCUUUUCAAACAGGGAUACCAGAACUACGAAUCCGAAGAUGGCGCUGUUCUCCGCAAUAUCGAUGCCUGCCGCACAAUCACCUCGACCGUCCAGACCUCCCUAGGGCCCUACGGUCGAAAUAAGAUAGUCAUCAACCAUCUACAGAAGAUGAUCCUGACCUCAGACGCUGCCACCAUCCUCCGCGAACUCGACGUUGUGCACCCAGCAGCGAAGCUCGUAGUCAUGGCAAGUCAGCAACAAGAGGCCGAGAUGGGCGAUGCUACGAAUCUGGUUAUUGUGCUCGCAGGGGAGUUACUUAAAAAAGCCGAGGAGCUGUUAAGGAUGGGCUUGAAGACUAGUGAUAUUAUCAGGGGCUACGAAAUGGCGCAGAAGUUUGCGCUAGAGGAACUUGAGAAUUUGGUUGUGGAUAAGGUGGAGGAUAUUCGAUCGAAGUCUGAGCUCAGCAAGGCUAUCCGAACCGUUAUUGCGAGCAAACAGAACGGGAAUGAGGAUUUCUUGGCGGAUAUGGUCUCGGAAGCUGUCCAGGCAGUACUCCCAAAAAACCCUAUCAACUUCAACGUUGACAACAUUCGUGUGGUCAAGAUCAUGGGCGGCAGCUUGGAACAGAGCAGGGUUGUCAAGGGUAUGGUUUUCGGUCGGGAGCCUGACGGAUCCGUCAAGAAGGCUACAAGAGCUAAAGUUGGUGUAUUCUCGUGUCCCAUCGAUAUCAGCCAGACCGAAACAAAGGGUACAGUCUUGUUGCACAACGCCAAAGAGAUGCUGGAUUUUACAAAGGGUGAAGAGACUCAACUUGAAACAGCUAUUAAGGAGCUUUACGAUUCCGGUAUGCGAGUAGUUGUUGCCGGAUCCACAGUUGGCGAGCUUGCAAUGCACUACUUGAACCGUUUCGGUAUCCUGAUUAUCCGUAUUCUUAGCAAGUUCGAGCUUCGAAGAUUAUGCAGAGUUGUUGGAGCUACCCCAUUAGCGAGACUGGGAGCGCCGAUGCCAGACGAGAUGGGCAGCAUCGAUGUUGUCGAAACUCUUGAGAUUGGCGGAGACCGAGUCACUGUCUUCAGACAAGAGAACGAGACUACAAGGACAGCCACCCUUGUUCUUCGAGGCGCUACGCAGAACCACCUCGACGAUAUUGAGCGUGCUGUUGAUGAUGGGGUUAACGUUGUCAAGGCUAUCACCAGAGAUCCGAGAUUGGUGCCCGGUGCUGGAGCUACGGAGUUGCAACUGGUUGAGCGGAUAGGAACAUUCGGAGACAAGACACCUGGUAUUGCGCAAUACUCCAUCCGCAAGUUCGGCGAGGCAUUCGAGGUCAUUCCACGAACAUUGGCCGAGAGUGCUGGUCUCGAUGCUACGGAGGUUCUGAGCAGACUUUAUACUGCCCACCACAAGCGGGAUGACUGGGCUACUGGUGUUGACAUUGAGAACGAGGAAGACACCGGAACCCUCGACGCAGAGAAGGAAGGCAUUCUGGACCUCAUGAUCUCCAAGAGCUGGGCCAUUAAGCUUGCUACGGAAGCUGCACGAACUGUUCUUUCUGUUGACCAAAUCAUUGUUGCACGACAGGCUGGUGGACCGAAGCCGCCCGGACCAAACCCUGUAAGUUCUCCCAUUCCAAAAAAAGCAUGA